AAGAUUUUUUUUUUCUUUUUCAUUUUUGGUGGGGGUAUGUGUUAAACCAGGAACAAAAGGUUCACCUGUUCCAUAUUCCACUUUCAGCUCUCCCACUACUUUUUCUGUCUUGGGUCACAGGAUGGCUGGAGCUGCUGCUGUCAGAUCUUUCACUGAUGCUCGUAGUUGUGCCUGUCUAUGCUUGGACUCCAUGGUAUCAGGUAGCUUGAGUGUCAAGACUAACGUGGAUUUGGUCUUGUCCAAGAACUUGUCAGGGAGAAGGAAUAUGAAGAAACUGAAGUCUGUGGAUUUGGGCAGCUCUUUCUUGGAUACCAGGUCCAUGAAAAGGCUUUCUUGUGGUACACGAGGUUCUUCAAAAAAGAAAAAGAAGCUUCGUCAUCUUAGCAUUGUUGAUGAGUUUGGAGGACAAUAUGAGGAAGGUUUUGAUGAUGUGAAAGAUGAAAUAAUCAACUACUUGACAUAUAAAGCUGUGAGGACUGUUCUUAACCAACUCUAUGAGAUGAACCCACCAAAAUACACUUGGUUUCACAACUUUGUUGCAGAAAAUGUGCCUAACACGGGGAAGGGUUUCCUUCAAAAGCUUGCAAAGGAAAGGCAGGAUCUUGCUGAAAGAGUGAUGAUAACACGGCUUCACCUGUAUGGGAAAUGGAUUAAGGCAUGUAAUCAUGGUGAAAUAUACAACGAAAUUUCGGAUCAGAACUUGGAACUGAUGCGUGAGCGACUAAUGGAAACCAUCAUAUGGCCGUCAGAUGAAACAAAUACUGAGAAAAGAGACUGAAGGGAGAUGUUUCUUCCAGCAUUUCAAUCCUUUUGCUUCAGCAAUCUGCAAAUGCUGCUAAUCAUUCAUAUAGAUGGCUCUAGCCCUGUAUAUUCUAUUUUUAAUACAUGCAUUUAGUGCUUUGUCCCCAAUGUACCUUUGGAAGAAUGAUGAUCUGUAACAACGUCUUUAGUUGGAGUGAAACAGUAUAAUGCUGCUUCACAGAACGUUUAAAAUUUCAAAUUCGUUAUGGCCGUUGCAUUCAUUCA